ACGCGCAGUGACGCGCCGGCCACGCCGCCGGCUGUUGUCUGGCCUCCAGUGGGCGGGGCCGCUGGCGGAGCAGAGCGUGGGCGCAGCCGGGCGGAGGGCCCAGGCAGGCUUAGCCUUCUUGGACAACAGUGGUGACAGUAGUAGCCCAGAGUGCCAGGGAGCCGUUGCUUUUCCCAGUUGCUCUCUUCCAGGCUCCCUCGGUGGUCGGCAUGGCCCGUGGAAAUCAACGAGAACUUGCCCGCCAGAAAAACAUGAAGAAAACCCAGGAAAUUAGCAAGGGUAAGAGAAAAGAGGACAGCUUGACUGCCUCUCAGAGAAAGCAGAGUUCUGGAGGCCAGAAAUCUGAGAGCAAGGUGUCAGCUGGGCCACACCUCCCUCUGAAGGCUCCAAGGGAGGAUCCUUGCUUUCCUCUUCCAGCUGCUGGUGGCUCCAGGUAUUACUUGGCUUAUGGCAGUAUAACUCCUAUCUCUGCCUUUGUCUUUGUGGUCUUCUUUUCUGUCUUCUUCCCUUCUUUUUAUGAGGACUUUUGCUAUUGGAUUUAGGUUCCAUUCUAACCUAGGAUGAUCUUAUCUGGAAAUCCUUAAUUGCAUCUAUAAAAACUAUUUUCUCAAAUAGGUCACAUUCAUGCAUAUCAGAUGGACAGAUGUAUCAUUUUGGGGUCCGCCAUUCAACCCACUACAAGGAGUUUUUUUAAACAAAAAUAGGAAACUUAGAUGUAACUUAGCACUUUUUUUUUUUUUUUUUUUUUGAGACAGAGUCUCGCUCUGUCACCAGGCUGGAGUGCGGUGGUGCGAUCUCGGCUCCCUGCAAUGUCUGCUUCUGGAUUCAAGAGAUUCUCCUGCCUCAGCCUCCCUAGUAGCUGGGAUUACAGGCAUGCACCGCCACACCCAGGUAAUUUUUUUUUUUUUUUUUUUUUGAGACAGACUCUCGCACUGUUACCCAGGCUGGACUGCAGCAGUGGCGUGAUCACUGCCCACUGCAACCUCUGCCUUCCGGGUUCAAGUGAUUCUCCAGCCUCAGCCUCCCAAGUAGAUGGGAUUACAGGCACCUGCCACCACGCCCAGCUAAUUUCUUGUAUUUUUAGUAGAGACGGGGUUUCACCAUGUUGGCCAGGCUGGUCUCCGUCUCCUGACCUCGUGAUUCACCCGCCUUGGCCUCCCAAAGUGCUGGGAUUACAGCCACAGCCCCCGGCCAUAAGUUAGCACUUUAAAAAAGAAUAGCCAAGUUGGGCCAGGCGUGGUGGCUCAUGCCUAUAAUCUGAGCACUUUAGGAGACUGAAAUGGGUAGAUCCCUUGUGCUCAGGAGUUCAAGACCAGCCUGGGCAACAUGGUGAAGCCCCGUUUUUACUAAAAAUACAAAAAUUAGCUUAAGGGAGGGGAUAGGCCAAGUUCCGGGUGUGAGGGGGCCGCUAGGGAGAGCAGAGCAAGGCGGCUGAAGGCUGGUCAGAGCCCCGAUCUUCCAGAUUGAGGGCCUUACCCAGAAGCUGGACCCCAAGGAGAUGAAACGGAAGAUGCACGAGGAUAUGAUCUCCUCCAUACGGAACUUUCUCAUCUACGCGGCCCUGCUGCGAGUCACUCCUUUUAUCUUAAAGAAAUUGGACAGCAUAUGAAGAUUGGACAUCACAUGUGAAUGCAUGAUAUGAAGAAUCUGGUUACAGUUUCUACUGCCCUCUGCAAGUAAAUAGGCCCAGAAAGGUGUAAGAGACUCUUUGAAUGGACAUAAAAAAUCUGCUUGUUAAGAACAAGUUUGGCUCUGGUAACUGAUCUUAAUAGCUAAAACAUAAAAAUAUUUGGGAAGUCUGAAACAAGGCCUCCUGGUCAUGGUGUGCCCUUAUGCCUAUGACAGUUGGCCUCUGUGAAUACUGGUAUAAUUGUAGAUAAUGUCAAACUCCAUUUUCUAGCAAGUAUUAAUAAUUAAAGGAAGUAUGUCUGAAACGGCA